AUGUGCAUCAACCGCAGCCUGCAUGCAAGUGGGACUUUGAUCAGUUCACAGUAUGCCCCUCUCUGCAUCCAUCACUUUAGACCAGGGGUGCCCAAUCCUGUUCCUGGAGAUCUCCAAAGUUCAGCUCCAACCCUGAUCAAACACUCAGGAUUGGGCACCCCUGCCUUUGACCAAGGGGGUCCAAUCCUGCUCUUUGUUUACUGGGGUGUUGACAAAAAAGGGGUCAUGUAUGCCAUGUGGCUAUAUUCCCUGAUUCAGUGUGUAGUAGCGGUGCUGGUGAUCGGAGUGAGUGUGAGGUUGUGCUUGGCUGCAGCUGGUCCAGAGACCAGACGCUGGAGCACAUCUGCAUGCCUGAAGCUCUGCCUCGGCUUGGUCGGGUCAGUGGGCAGUGUUGUGGACGCUCCUGUGUCUGUGCUGUUAAGCCCGAGGAGCUCCCAGUGCCUGUACACCUGUAUCGCUAUGGUCACCUGCCCCCUCCUGCUCAGGCAGUUCACCAUGUGCCUUCUGCUUCUGCUCACCCUUAAUACACACCUGCAGAGCCGCCUGGGGAACAGAUAUGCAGGCUUAGUGGCUCGUAGGCGGGUUUUGUGCUCGGUGCUGCUCUGCUGGGUCAUUUCAGUGAUCAUCGCCUUCGGCCAGUUCAUCGUUUCCAAGUCUUCCGAUACCUGGGGAGCUGCUGAGGAUGACGAUACGGCUGGACUGGGGAUGGAUGAAUGGCCUGAAGCCAAUUAUACCACCCCUGCCCUCCCUCCCAAACGUCCAUACCCCCAGGACCGCUCCGUAAUCGGGCAGUUCUUGCCUUACGGAGGAUUUCUUUCCAAGUUCCUGGUGGAGGACAAUGAGAACUUCACAUAUGCUGAGAUCCACGGCAGCCAUUGGGGCGUCUGUGCCCCUGAAACCACUCUCAGUCCGGUCUUUAUGGUGUAUGUUUAUGCCGUGACAGUGUUCGUUAUCCCUUUGUUGGUUCUGUUGGGUGUGUAUCUGGACUUGAUGUGCUGCAUGCCACAGCAGGUUCCAGCGAGCUCAACGUUUUCUCUAAAACGAAGCUCAGUGCUGUCUCGCUUAUUGGCUCUUUCUAUUUCUCUACUAGUAAUGCUUUGCCUGCUGCACAUCACCCACGCUUUGUUACUCUGCCCGAGCGCCGCUAGACCCAGCUGGACCUCUCCAACGGCCUCUGUUCUCUUCCAGAUGUAUGGCCUAGUGCCCCCUCUUCUCUUCACCAACACCUCUCAGCAGGUAGGCUCAGAGUGCUCCUUGUUAUCCGCGCCCAACCUGACCUCGAGGGUUAUCUCCUCUCGAGUCAAAUCAGCAGGAGCGCUUUCCGUUCUGUGGAAGAUUUUAGUCGCCCUGGACCGAAACUGA